AUGGCGUCGGGAUCGUUGCAGUCCGUCCUGUCUGACAGGAACGAAAUACACAAGUCAUGCAAGACGCUUGAAUCUGUCGUCAACGUCCUGAACGAUUACUGUGAAGCCGCGAAUGCCAUUCUGACCCUGGAGAAGAAGCUGGCGAAGGCUCUGAGGGAGGCUGCGGGCGUGAAAUGUGUUGCCGAAAUACCAGCGAACGCAUUGAACAUCAGUGCCGUGAUGUUUGAGACGCUGUCUGAUGUAGACUCGAGAUUCAUCAAGCUCGCCGACAAAGAAUGUGACAAUAUAAGCUCUGAGGUGAAGAAGUGGUUCAAGAAGCUAGCCAAAGAAGAGAAGGCUCAUGAUGAGCGACUGGCGAAUGCCAAUGCCAAGAUUAAGCAGGCAGGUCAGCUCUAUGAGAAGAAAGCCAGGAAGAAUCCACAAGAUGCUGCCGAGGAGCACACUCGUUAUGUCAAUGUCCUGAACGGGGAAUGGGUGCGCUCAUGCGACGGAGUUCGGCAGUUUGCGCCAACGGUGGGCCAGCUUGGACAAUGGCGAGCCUUCUGUGAGGGGAGUUGGGCGGGCCCUGUUCCGAAGGGACCGCAUAACAGCGACCUACAAGAAGUUCAAAUUGAUUCAGCGCAACGCGCCGCGACCCCUAGUAUGCAAGAUGAGCCACGGGAGUUGGGACUCCCCACUUCUUAUAACACAGCGCGCGAAGACGCUCCGUCCCGUGCCUCCGAGCAGGAAGUAGGCGUAUCAUCUCGAGCUAUCACGCCGUCCGGCGAGCAAGCGACUCCACAGUAUUUCCCCGAUCCAAGAGAACAAUCUUUGCAGGGGCGGCCACCCGAGGCCUCGCCUAGAGAGCUCCCAGAUCGCAAGAGUCACUCUACUGCUUCACUGGCGUCCCUCGCUUCCUUCCCCGCCCCACCUACUCAUUUCCCGUUACCUCCAGUGACGCUAAGAGAGUCUCGACAUUCGGAGAAGGCGACGAACGAGCCUUCUGAGGAGAAACGACGCGUUUCCUCUGAUGUGUCGUUCCCGCGCAACACCGAGUCGCCUGCUCCUCUCGUAGAAGAUAGUGGGCAGCGCGAAGAAGCUGUUACAUCGCGCAUGGCUAGCCUUGACAACGCACACACGAUUGCAGCACCUGCUGGGUCCACUCAGACCAAUGAGGAGGUCAUCGACAGUCGUACCGUCCCUAUGCGAACAGACAAGAAUGACCACUCUGGCGUCCAAUCCCCUUUACCUGUCACUGUUCAGCCGACUGAACGACCAUCGGGUGCAAUUACCGGGCCUCCAUCCACUGUCUCCGCGACGUCUACCGCCGGUGGUGCAUCUGACAUCGGAGAAUCAGAGGGACACAGUAAUUCGGAUGGGGCCCAAGGACAUCGGUCGGACACGGUGAAAACAUCAACACCUCCGACGGUGGAGAGAAGCGACACAGGAAAGAGUAACGCAGGGCCGUCGUCACCACCACGCAAAGAGGUUCCUCGCUUACCCACUAGUGUCUCUCAUCUCGCUAACAAAUACGAGUCGACGGUGCCUACGCAGGCACCCACUUCACCCCGUCUGACGCCUACUUCGCCCUUCCACGAUCGCAGACGUCUUUCUGUUGACAUCUCUCGCCAGGGCUCUCAGCAGCCUGUCGCGGAGCCAGCGCUUCCAGCUACAAGGCAGGCACCUGCGGCGUCCCCGAACGAUGUCAUGGUAGACAACAUUGCGCUACGGCGCCGGCGUCUUGAAGAACUGGAAGACCUUGAGCUGCGAGAACAAGAGCUCGAGCUGCGCAUCAAGGAGCGAGAGAUUGCACGAAGGUCGAAGGAACUCGAGUUCGAACGCGCCCGACUCUACAACGCACAGAGUCCAGACAGCGGGUAUGGUAGUGACUCCUCACCGGGUAGUAUCAUGAACAGACUCGCCCAACGGCCAUAUGGCGACAGGUCCCCUCCCUCACCCGUCGUCCCACGACCCCGGCAUCCCUCGCACUCCUACAGCUCUGGAAACCUGCAGCCUCCCGCCAUGCAGCCUUCGUCUAGCCAGACCUCCAGCCAGCCAUCAUCACCGCUAUACCAGCCUAAUGACCAUGCCCCAUACUGCGGCUGCGAAACGUGUUCUGCAUCGAAGUAUAGAAUGCGCGAUAGCUCACCAUCUGCUCGCGAUGGGCGCCCACUGCAACCUCCCUUGACCCUACGUCCGGAGAAGCCCAAGGGCUGGAUUCGACGCCUGAGUAUGCCGGUCAUGGGCAAUGCAUUCUCUCUGGAUUCGAAGAAGAAUCUGAGCAGCGCGGGAAUCGCGGGUGGUCCCGGCGUUAGAUCCAGCCUCGCCUUAGCGGAUGAAGAUGGUCCACAGCACGGCUACAAUUGGCAGGCGGCGAGGCAUCUGCGGGAUCAGGUGGUGCAAAAGGACGAGGAGGCUCUACGUCAGCGGGAAACACAGACGCCUCACGUAGAAUGGAAGGACGCACAGACGGGUUGGGGAAGCCUACGUGAGGGAAGCAUGCAGACCGACUGUACGGAAGGCGUGCGCGAACAGGACGUGCAGUUCGGCCCCGUAGACUACCAGGUGCAGACUGCGCGAGAGGAUGAUCUACACCACCUAGAGGCGCAGAUCGAGCAGGCGGACCAUCUGUGCGGGCGGGAUGUGCAAGCGCAACAGGAGGAGCUGCCAAACGGCGGCGACCAAUCUGAGAACAACUGGUACCAAGACGGACAACCUUCGCAGACCGAAUGCAAUGCGUUGGACUCACAAGACAGUGGCUCAGUCGAACAGGUUGAACUCGUCGCACAGCCUGUGCAGUACGAGCAAGCUCAACCUGACGUCGACUCCGGCUAUGGCUUUCCAGUCCAGUACACCCCCGUUCAGCCGCUUCCGCGCGAUCCAUCCGCAAUAUUGGUUCCACUGCAUGAGUAUCAACAACCUUUUCAGGUCCCACAAUCGCAGCCCGCGGCCCAGAUCCCUGCUGCGUCAUCUAGUAACAUGCCCUUGGCAGGCCAACCAUCAUUCUCAUGUCCAAUUACUGCAGCAGAUACCGUCGAGCCAUGUGCUGUUGAAGCUAAAGAGGUAGCAAAGAUCCUCUUGGAUCUUUUGCUUUCAGAUCCACAGCAAGUGCAAGGCGAGCAAAACGUGCAGAUGGUCGAUGAUGACCUGAACAACAGGCGAAGUAGGCUGGGGCAAACAAAUCAGGCGAACAUGAACGCAAGUUCCAGGGAGGGUACCGACCCAAUCUCGACGACUCAUAUUUACCAGUCUAUGCCCCCACAGUCUUGGCAAGGCACAACUGGACCAUACGGCCGUCGCUUGCGCAAUGGACAAGUAUGA